CUUGCGGCGUCGUACUUUCCCCAUCCACGAAUAUCACAAGUAAACGAAGCAUUAAGCUCAGGACGGCGGCCCAGCAGACGGUGUGCGGCGAUAGCUGGCCAUAGCAGCAUCCCUUGGUCACAAUGGCGACCGAGCUGCCAGAUCCGCUCACCUUCUCCAGCUGGGAAGAUGCCUUCGCGCACCCAAUUCCCACCGUUCGAAAGCUCGAGCAACAAUUGCGACGCCACGCAGAUGAAAAUCGCGAGAAGCUGCGGGCUUUGGUUGGGUAUGUCCGCCCGAGCUUUUGAGGAGCAUCAGCGUCCAGAGUACUCAGACAGCGCUGACAGCGGUCCGCCGGCAGAGUCAGCUAUCGUGAUCUUCUUGGAACGGCUGAACGAAUCAUCGACAUGGAUAGAGAAAUGAAGCUCGUCGAGGAUAUGCUUGCGCAAACAGGCCAUAGGUGCAACGUCAGGGUGGUGGACAGCAUAUCGCAAGGCUACGCCAAAAUCCACUCGGAGAAUGCAUCACGGGUGAAGGACCGCAACGCACUUGCAUCGCAACUCGCCAUCUUGGAAGAGUGUCCGGUAAUAAUCACGCGCGUAUUGAGACGCAAAGGAUCUCUUUUGCAAGCCGCCAAGCUGUUGCUACUCUCCCGCCUCAUCCACAAAACUCUCUCCCAACGACCGGAUGCUCCUCCGCUUGUCGACCACCUCAAGGAUCGCCUUUCUUCGCUACGAGUCAAGCUCCUACGGGCUAUUGACAAACGCUUCGCAAACCCAGAGCAAAGCGUAACCAGACUGGUGGAUGAUAUGUGUGCCUACGCUUUGGCGAUGAGCUCAACCCCUUCAGAUGUCAUGCAACACUUCCUGAAUGUCAGAAUGCGGGCAAUACAGUGGCAUCUCGCUCAGGACAGCAACACUCAGACUCACGUCCUCAAGGCCAUGCGCCUCCUUCUAAGUACGCUUCAAAACAGUCAAUUGCUCUUUCCCAAACGCCUAUCCGAGGCCUUGCUGCGCCUUAAGGAUCUACCUCUUGUUAAACAAGCGGAUGUGCAAUCAGUGACAGAGCUUCGACUUGACAUCCAUAUGCGCUGGCUGACGGAUGAAUUACGCAACUACACGCCUUGGCCGAGACAUGAUGAACUCCAAAAGUCUGAGGCAGACAGGCUCAUCAGGGGAUGGGCAAAGAGUGCGCAGAAGGCAUUCGUCACGGGUCUAGCUGCGUCUCUUGAGGAGAUUUGCAAUUUUGACAAAAUACUCGAGAUUCGACAGCACCUCUUUGAGGCGUGGCCAUGGACAGACAGACGCUUACCCGGACUGCACUCGGCUGACGUCGUAGAUGAGCUACGGGAAGCUUUCAAUGAGAGGAUGGCCGCUAUCGUCCAGAUGCAAGUCAAGGAACUGAAUAACGUGUGCAAAAUGAUACGUGGCCUACUUCGAAACCCAGGUUCUGUGUCUCUUGAGGAACCUCUAUGGAGCUCGUCUUUGACCGACAUGGAGGUCGGUGUUGGUGGCCAAUACUUCAAGAAUGCAAUCUUGUCGAGCUACAACGGAAUCCAAAUCUCGACGUCGCCAAUUCUAGUUUAUUUCGACGAGUGGAUUUCGAGCAUCAAUCAGAUACAGGCCGACUUGAAGAAGAUGCGCGACGCACAUUGGGAGGAUGACCUUGGAGUGGAGGAGGAAGAUAACGAAAUAGACUCACGGCAGACACUUUUGAGCAAGGAUGAUCCCCGCAUUCUAGGAGACUGCUUGAGUAAAGCCUUGCAAAACCAAGCAAAGUCUUUGUCGGAUGAUUUCAGAGCGCUUUUGAACGAGGUCCUCUCGGAAACCGAGUCAACGAACAAUAACGGCACUCUUGGAGCUGUCACUCUGCUAAGAAUUUUGCGCGAGAUAUUCAGACGCGCAUCCGUUCAGGACAAAAUUCUCGCAGAAGUCACGAUUCCUUUGAUCUCUACAGAUUUGAUUACCCCAUUACACGAGAGACUCUCUAGAGAUAUGUGUACCAAAGUUAGGGGCCUGUUAUCAAAAUCAUUAGUCCGACUGGAGAACUCGCCCGUGCUCGCUGGAAAAGCCCUAUGGGAAGGCAAGCCGCCUUUGCCUAUCCAGCCAUCUGCUAUGGUGUUCAGACUGUUGAAGGAGGUGACGGGAUGCAUGGCAGACCUAGGUGCAGAUUUGUGGUCAGAGGCUGCAGUGCGAGCUGUGAAGAAUGUGCUCAGUGCAGCUAUUGCGGAAGAACUGAAGCGGACUGUAUUAAAUUUGUCUACGGAGCCGAAAUCCCAAGUGGCCAACGGUGAUACCUCGCGUGUGGAUGGACAGCACGACAGUUCUUCAGCGGAAGGUGGAGGAAACGAUAGCAAGGUUGUUGAACAAGCGGACGGGAAGGAGCUCAGAAGAGACAAGCUGACGCAACUAGCCAUGGACUUGACAUAUCUCAACACGGCACUUUCGACGAGGUCACGGGCAAAUUUAGCGCUCCAAGAGCUAAUUGAGCUUGUCAUGGGCCGAAUACAGCUCGCUGAUGCAGAGAAGGCACGCGUAAAGAAGAGUGCUACGGAAUGUUGGAAGAGGACGUAUCUCCUAUUCGCGCUGCUUGUGCCGGAGCCGUAGUUGGCGAUGGCUCAACGCAUCGUAGCAGCGCAUGAAGAAAGUGGUUUUCAGCCGUAGAGGUGAAGCUUAAAUAGAAUAUCAUAGUUCAAAUGAAUCGACAAAUGCCACC